GCAGAUGGGAGCUGGAUGCUGCAUUGGAUGUUCUCACCAUGUGCAACUGUCAUUUGCUAGACAGUGAUCCUGUUAAAAAGGAGGUUGUUCAAAUGAGAGGAGCUCUUCUGAGGUACAAUCGCAUACUUUGUGCCGAUGAUCACUAUAGCAGCUGGCAAGAGGUUGAGGCAGUGUGUAAGGAAGAUCCUGAAGGUCUUGCUCUUAGGCUAGCCGAGAAAGGAGCUGUAUCUCCUGCUUUAGAAGUGGCUGAAAGUGCAGCCCUUUCCAUUGAACUCCGGAGAGAAUUGCAGGGUCGUCAACUUGUGAAGCUUCUCACUGCAGAUCCUUUAAAUGGUGGAGGUCCAGCAGAAGCUUCUCGUUUCCUUUCUUCCCUACGUGACACUGAUGAUGCUCUUCCUGUUGCGAUGAGUGCAAUGCAGCUAUUGCCUAACCUUCGAUCAAAGCAGCUUCUUGUUCACUUUUUCCUGAAAAGAAGAGACAGCAACUUGUCAGAAGCUGAGGUUUCCCGGCUUAACUUAUGGGCAUUAGGGCUUCGUGUCUUGGCUGCCCUGCCAUUACCAUGGCAGCAACGAUGCUCUUCCCUGCAUGAGCACCCACAUCUUAUUCUGGAGGUUUUGCUGAUGAGGAAGCAACUGCAAUCUGCUUCGCUGAUACUCAAGGAGUUCCCUUCAUUGAGAGACAACAGUGUAGUCCUUGUAUAUGCUGCGAAAGCUAUUGCUGUUAGUAUCAGUUCUCCUUUCAGGGAGCAUAGAAUUUCAGUUUCAGGUCCAAGAGCAAAACAAAAGACGAGAACAGGGACGCCUACUCGGUCAUCCUUUACUAGCAGCCUAAGCAACUUUCAGAAAGAGGCUCGCAGAGCAUUUUCUUGGACCCCACGCCAUACUGGCGAUAAAACAGCUCCAAAGGACAGUCAUAGGAAGAGGAAGAUAUCUGGAUUAACACAUUCAGAAAGGGUAACAUGGGAAGCAAUGGCUGGCAUACAAGAAGAACGUGUAUCAUUAUACUCAGAUGGGCAAGAGAGGCUUUCUUCUGUUUCCAUCGCUGAGGAGUGGAUGCUGACAGGUGAUCCUAUUAAGGAUAAAGCUGUUCGUUUUUCCCAUCAUUACGAAAGUGCGCCUGAUAUCACUCUCUUUAAGGCAUUACUAUCAUUGUGUUCAGAUGAGAGUGUAGCAGGCAAAGGUGCUUUAGACUUGUGCAUUAAUCAAAUGCGGAAUGUGUUAAGCUCCCACCAGUUGCCUGAGAAUGCAUCUAUGGAAACUAUUGGCAGGGCAUAUCAUGCCACAGAAACAUUUGUGCAGGGUCUACUUUUUGCUAAAUCCCAGCUAAGAAAGCUCUCUGGGGGAGUUGACUUAUCGAGUAACUCAGAAAGAGUUAAGGAUACAGAUGAUGCAUCCUCAGAUGCUGGCAGCUCCAGUGUGGGUAGUCAGUCUACAGAUGAGCUGUCUGAAGUACUGAUGCAAGUAGAAACUUGGCUGGGACGUGCUGAAUUGCUUCAAAGCCUUUUGGGAUCUGGCAUAGCAGCCUCGCUUGAUGAUAUUGCUGAUAAAGAGUCUUCAUCACGUCUUAGGGAUCGACUCAUCACGGAGGAACGAUACAGCAUGGCAGUCUAUACUUGCAAGAAGUGCAAAAUUGAUGCUUUCCCAGUCUGGAAUUCCUGGGGCCAUGCUCUAAUCCGCAUGGAGCAUUAUGCCCAAGCCCGUGUGAAAUAUAAGCAAGCUCUUGCACUGCAUAAGGGUGAUCCUGCAGCUGUGGUUCUGGAGAUCAUUAACACAAUUGAAGGAGGUCCACCGGUUGACGUUUCAUCUGUUCGGUCAAUGUAUGAACAUUUGGCACGAAGUGCACCAGCGAUCUUAGAUGAUUCUCUUUCAGCUGAUUCCUAUCUCAAUGUCUUGUACAUGCCAUCAACAUUUCCACGUUCAGAGAGAUCUAGGCGAUCACAAGAAGCUGCAAAUGAUAGUUCAACAAACAACUUGGACCUUGAAGAUGGGCCUCGUAGUAAUCUUGACAGUAUUAGAUACCUUGAAUGUGUUAACUACUUGCAGGAAUAUGGCCACCAACAUUUGCUUGGUUUCAUGUUUAAGCAUGGCCAUUACAAGGAUGCUUGCUGCUUGUUUUUCCCUUUGAAUUCUGUUCCUUCACCACCACAGCCAUCCUCACUUGGAAUUGUUACAUCUUCUUCUUCCCCUCAAAGACCAGAUGUUUUGGCCACUGAUUAUGGGACCCUUGAUGAUUUAUGUGGUUUUUGCAUUGGAUUUAAUGCCAUGCCUGUUUUGGAGGAAAUAAUAUCGACGAGAGUUUCUACUGCUGCAUCACAAGAUGACUCAGUGAAACAGCACACUGCUGCAGCACUUGCCCGUAUUUGUCUUUACUGUGAAACUCAUAAACAUUUUAAUUAUCUUUACAAGUUUCAGGUGAUCAAGAAGGAUCAUGUGGCUGCUGGUCUUUGUUGUAUUCAGUUGUUUAUGAACUCCUCCUCACAAGAGGAAGCUAUAAAGCACUUGGAACAUGCCAAGAUGCACUUUGAUGAAGGGUUAUCAGCUAGAUACAAAUCAGUUGAUUCUACUAAAGUUGUUACCAAGGGGAUUCGAGGCAAAAGUGCUUCUGAGAAGCUCUCUGAAGAGGGGCUUGUCAAGUUUUCUGCUCGGGUUGCAAUUCAGGUCGAUGUAGUCAGAUGCUUCAAUGCAGAGGGACCGCAAUGGAAGUACUCUCUUUUCGGGAAUCCAAAUGAUACCGAAACUUUUAGGAGAAGGUCUGAAAUUGCAGAGUCUCUGGCUGAGAAGAAUUUUGACUUGGCUUUUCAGGUGAUUUAUGAGGUUAAUCUUCCAGCUGUGGACAUAUACGCUGCCGUUGCUGCUUCACUUGCAGAGAGGAAGAAGGGAGGUCAAUUAACGGAAUUCUUCAGAAACAUUAAAGGUACAAUAGAUGAUGACGAUUGGGAUCAGGUGUUAGGGGCUGCAAUAAAUGUGUACGCUAACAGACACAAAGAGCGUCCUGAUCGACUCAUUGACAUGUUGACUAGCAGCCACAGAAAGGUGCUAGCGUGCGUGGUUUGUGGGAGGCUUAAAAGUGCCUUCCAGAUUGCCUCUAAGAGCGGGAGUGUAGCAGAUGUUCAAUAUGUAGCACAUCAGGCAUUACAUGCAAAUGCACUUCCUGUGCUUGAUAUGUGCAAGCAAUGGUUGGCUCGGUACAUGUGAUUGAAUACUUUUCAUGGUAAAAAGUUACAGGGGUAAAGUGCCAUCUGGUAUGCCACUCAGCAGGGUAGAGAUUGAGUUCAAUGAUAUUAAAUAUUCAUCGUAAAAAUGCAGAGAUGGAUAAUUGGGCAUUUGGUGUCAUUGUUUAUUUGGUAAAUUGCCUCUCACGCUACAUUCAGUACCCUAGGAGGACGCAAAAUUUUUUGUCAAAGCAAAGAUUUGAACAACAGGGUUGAUCCAUGGAGUUUCUCAAAUGAGAUUUGAUGCAAAUCAGUACAGGGAUCAGUUUGUUUCUCCAGGGAUACGUGUCCCAUUUUUUGUUAUGUUGUACAGUAGGAAGAGCAAUGCAUAUGAGCUGUGCACAUAAAGAUAGUAGUAGUAGCAUUCAGGAACGGGGUUCCUUUUUUUACCUCUCCCCUCAUUUUGUCAGGAGUUGAUUUCAUUUUUUGACUGAAAAAUAGUUUUGUUCACAGAGAUAACAUCACAUGUUCGUUCGUUGUAGUUUUCUAGCAGGUGAUCAAUUUGGUGAUUUGGAUA